AAAAGGAACCCAAAAAGUUUUCAUCAGUUCACCGAGAUUUUCACUUUCUGGUGUAUUUAAUUUCUGUUGACCAUUUGCGCUUUAUAGUUACUCAAGGGCAAAAUCCAAAUCAAAACCUUCAAAAUAUUGUCAGUGAUUACCAAAAAAGGAUGAAAAUCGACUCUUUUGACGAGUAGGCGCAAAAAAUAGCUGGAAGUGUGUGGAAGUACCGAAUCAACGACGGAAUCCGUCUGUAUGUAAGUGUUGUGCAGCAGUUGCAAAGAGCAGUGUAGAACGGAGCGCUAGUGGAAAGAGGUAGUAAAUUUAUCCGCUGUGUUUGUGGGGGGCAAACGGUGGAUGAGUAUACAGCAGCAGCGACACCAACAGCAGUCGUCGCAAUAAAAGAAGCAGCAAGAAAAGCGCGGAGCAGUGACAAAAUUGCGUCCGAAAAAUGCGAAAGUAAAGAAAAAGUGAAAUUCCGAAAUUGGAAUUAGUAGCGACGACAGACAACGACAAACGAAAAAAGAUCGUGGAAGGAUGAUAGCAUGAACAAGGGAGAAAAAGUGAUAUAGAGUAGGAGUCAAAGACAAAAUUGCAGAAAAUGCAAAAAAAAUCAUUGUGAAAUGAACAACGAAUGGAAUACCAUUGUUGAAGCUACAAAUCGUCUACGCUAAUUAACACUUUGCUUUUUCAUUAAAUGCAAAUCUUUGCCGCGCGGCAAUUGCAUGCUACUGCUGUAGGUAAAAGGGGAGAAAAAUACAUACAUACAUAGGUGCUGUCAUAUAUUGUUGCGCGCUUGCUUACCACAUUCGCCCUUGCCUCGCCUACGUCACAACCAAGUGAACGAACAACACCACUAAUUGUGCUUUCGCGCUUUAACGCAUUAUUUCUGUAGAAUUUUCAUCGCAUUUGUUGAAACGUUGCUUUGUUUGAUGAAAUUAUGUUGAAAUCGUCCUCUAAUGCACAGGAACUGCGGCUGUCCCGACCAGAGAGCACAGUACCACAAUCAACAAUUACAUCGGCAGCCGGUACCAUGGACACAUUGAAAACAUCAUUCCUUCCAAAUUUGGCAAUGGACGGCGGAGUUAUUACAUCGGCUAGUUUUUGCCCGAUGUGUGGGCAACAAUUUGAAAGACCUCAACAUGCCCAGGAGCAUAUGCAACUAUGCCAUGGCAUAUCGGCUGGCAUGAUUGGCGGCGGCGGUGUCGUAGGUGGUGGCGGUGCAAGUGUAGGUGGUCUGUUAUUGAGUGGUGUUCCACAACCAAAUGCACCUGUCACUGACCCUAUGAAAAUCGAGUAUCCCUGCAUGAGUUGUGAAGAGAAAUUUGGUUCUGCGCAAGAACUGGACGAACACCAUCGUAUAAUACAUCAAUCAACGGCGUUCUUAGCGCGUUGUAUGGCCUGUGGGAUUUACGGCAUUUCAUCGGUUACGCUGCACGAAGGUGAUGAGUUUAAGUGUAUGCACUGUGGCUCUGUUAGCACCGCAUCAAAUAUGACUGCGCCUCAGCAACCACCCUAUAUGGAUCAACCUGAACCUCCGCAAACGCCGGAGGAAAUGCCUUCAAUACCGCCUGAGGAAAUGAAUACUAUACCACCGGAAGAAUUGAAUUCUAGACAGAACCAACAGCAGCAGCAAAGACAACAACAGGUGCAGCAGCAACAGCAUCAACAACAGGUGCAACAACAUCAGCAGCAGCAACAGCAACAACAACACCAACAGCGACAACAACAACCAGAUUUGCUUGAAAGCCAGCGGCAGCCACAACCUGAUUUGCUCGAUCAGCAGCAACAACAGGUGCAACAGCAGCAACAACAGCAACAGCAACCGACCCCGCCACUGGCAAAUCAACAGCAAGCAACUCAAUUGAAAGUACCGCCCUUAACCGUAAAACUAAAUAAAAAUAGCAAUGGCAACACCGAAGGCCAUCCACAUGUGAUAAUCAAGGAAGAACCACUUGGCAUUAGCGAUGGCAAUGGUGAUAUAGAGCAGGCCUCAGUGCCGGUGUAUACAAUCCAGCAACCGGCUGGAGCUACCAGCGUUGUAGUUAGCACAGCAACUGCUACCGGCGCCGCAAAUGCGACAGGCACAACACCAGCAGCAGGCAGUACCACAGCAGCCACACCUGCAGCAGGAAACAAAGUGCGUCAUAAAUGUCCAGAAUGUCCGAAAACCUUCAAAACGCCCGGCACAUUGGCAAUGCACCGCAAGAUACACACAGGCGAAGCAGACGUCACGCCCAAAGAACGUCCCUACACGUGCUCCUACUGCGGCAAGUCAUUCACCCAAUCGAACACCCUCAAACAGCACACGCGCAUUCAUACAGGUGAGAAACCCUUUAGAUGUGGAUAUUGUGGCAGGCAAUUCACUGUAAAGGACUACCUGAACAAACAUUUAACAACUCACACGGGUGAGAAACCGUUUAAUUGUAUCUACUGUGAGAAACGUUUCAGUGUCAAGGAUUACCUCACCAAGCAUAUACGCACACAUACUGGUGAAAAGCCAUACACCUGCCCCUAUUGCGACAAGCGUUUUACACAGCGCAGCGCGCUAACGGUACACACAACCAAGUUACAUCCACUCUAGG